AUGGAGAACCUAACCCUGGUUUCUUGUUCAGCUUCUUCUCCCAAGCUGUUAAUCGGAUGCAAUUUCACCUCCUCGCUUAAAAACCCAGUAGGGUUUUCGCGUCGGACUCCUAAAGUUGUCUUCCGUUGCUCAAAAAUCUCUGCCUCGGCGAAAUCUCAAUCUCACUCUUCGCGUCCGGAGAACGCUGGAGAAAUUGUGGUUGUGAAACACAGAAGCAGAGAUUUUGCAAGUAUUUUUUCCUCGAAUCGUGAUCAACAGACAACUUCUGUUGCGUACCCUAAUGCAGCAGUGCCACCACCAUCUUCAUCAACCAUAGGAUCACCACUUUUCUGGAUUGGUGUUGGUGUUGGGCUAUCAGCUUUGUUCUCAUGGGUAACUUCAAGUUUAAAGAAAUAUGCAAUGCAAACAGCUAUGAAGACAAUGAUGAACCAGAUGAAUACGCAAAACAGCCAGUUUAAUAAUCCUGGAUUCCCGGCAGGAUCAGCAUCACCUUUUCCGUUUCCAUUUCCUCCUCAAACAAGUCCUACUUCCUCGCCGUUCCAAUCCCAAUCUCAAUCUUCAGGUGCUACUGUUGAUGUGACAGCAACAAAAGUAGAUACACCUCCUUCGGCUAAGCCGCAACCUACGCCUGCAAAGAAAACAGAAGUGGAUAAGCCAAGUGUUGUUCUAGAGGAAAAUAAAGCGAAGAAAGAAGAAAAGAAUUACGCCUUUGAAGAUGUUUCCCCUGAGGAAACCACAAAGGAAAGUCCAUUUAGCAACUAUGCAGAAGUCUCUGAAACUAGUGCUCCCAAAGAAGCUCGCUUAUUUGAGGAUGUUAUGCAAAAUGGAGCUGCUCCGGCGAAUGGUGCCACUGCUUCAGAAGUUUUUCAAUCUUUGGGCGCUGGGAAAGGAGGGCCUGGUUUGUCUGUAGAAGCUUUAGAGAAAAUGAUGGAAGAUCCCACAGUUCAGAAGAUGGUUUACCCACAUUUGCCUGAGGAGAUGAGGAACCCAGAAACUUUCAAAUGGAUGCUUAAAAAUCCUCAUUACCGUCAACAGCUACAAGACAUGUUGAAUAAUAUGAGUGGGAGUGGUGAAUGGGACAAGAGAAUGAUGGAUACCUUAAAGAAUUUUGACCUGAAUAGUCCUGAAGUGAAGCAGCAAUUCGAUCAAAUAGGACUGACUCCAGAAGAAGUCAUCUCUAAGAUUAUGGAGAACCCUGAUGUUGCAAUGGCAUUCCAGAAUCCUAGAGUCCAAGCAGCGUUAAUGGAAUGUUCGGAGAAUCCAAUGAACAUCAUGAAGUACCAAAACGACAAAGAGGUAAUGGAUGUGUUCAACAAGAUUUCGCAGCUCUUCCCAGGAAUGACGGGUUGACAAAGCUCACGUCUUUUGGUUUUAUCAUCUUAUUGGAUCAAAUCUCAUGUCUUUCUUUAGCUUUGUAGGAGGAAAAAACAUGUUUUUUAGUUUACUUUAUCAAAGACGCUUCAGUUUUGCUCAGAUUAGAGAGAGACGCACACAUAGAUUGUUAUGUGUAAUUGUAUAAACCAUAUUUAUCUACAUCUCUAUAUAUUGAAAUAACUGUUUGUACC